CUCAUGAAGAUGUUUCCGCAGUCGGGGAAAUCGAUCGUCUUUGACAAUUUUCCCGACCCCACCGACACCUGGGAGAUCAUCGAGACCAUCGGGAAAGGGACAUAUGGGAAGGUCUACAAGGUGCUCAACAAGGUCAACGGAAGCAAGGCGGCUGUCAAAAUCCUGGACCCUGUCCAUGACAUCGAUGAAGAGAUUGAGGCUGAGUACAACAUACUCAGGGCCCUCUCGGACCACCCCAAUGUGGUCAAGUUCUUCGGGAUGUUCUACAAGAAGGACUUGAAGAAUGGGGAUCAGCUAUGGCUGGUUCUGGAGCUCUGCAAUGGUGGAUCUGUGACUGAUCUGGCCAAAGGCUUACUGAAAAGAGGGGAUCGCAUGGAUGAGGCUAUCAUCGCUUACAUCUUACACGAGGCAUUGAUGGGCCUUCAGCAUUUACACAACAACAAGACCAUCCACCGGGACGUCAAGGGCAACAACAUUCUGCUGACCACCAUGGGAGGGAUCAAACUGGUGGACUUCGGUGUGUCUGCACAGUUGACCAACACGCGUCUGCGCAGAAACACUUCGGUGGGAACGCCGUUUUGGAUGGCUCCAGAGGUGAUCGCCUGCGAGCAGCAGCUGGACUCGACCUAUGAUGCCCGUUGCGAUGUGUGGUCCCUCGGCAUCACCGCCAUCGAGCUGGGGGACGGAGACCCGCCACUCGCUGACCUUCAUCCAAUGAGAGCCCUCUUUAAAAUUCCCAGAAAUCCUCCCCCGACCUUGCAGCAGCCUGAGCUGUGGUCCGCCAACUUUAACAACUUCAUCUGCAAGUGCCUCAUAAAGGACUUUGAGCUGAGGCCGAACGUGCCCGAUCUUCUCCAGCAUGCCUUUAUCAAACAGAUCCACGGCAGAGAGAGAACUCUGCAGAAGCAGCUGAUGGAGCUCAUCGACCUCAAUCAGCAAAUGGGAGUCAUCGAAAAAACCAGCCAACAUGGAAGGGCAGAGAGAAGCACAGACAGUAAAGACAGGCAUGAGCGAAUCCACACAAAGAAAGGCAGCCACAUGAAGACUUUAAGCUCCGCCCUGGACGACGUCGAUGACUUGGCCACCCUCGAGGUGCUUGAUGAAAACACAGUCACAGAUCAGUUACAGAAGCGCUAUGCCAAGGAGCACAUCUACACCUAUGUGGGAGACAUUCUUAUUGCCGUCAACCCCUUUCACAAGGUGGAGCUGUACAGCCCGCAGUACUCAAAGAUGUACAUUGGGGCCAAGCGAACCGCAAACCCUCCACACAUCUUUGCUGUCGCCGACAUAGCCUACCAGUCCAUGGUGUCCUACAACACAGAUCAGUGCAUCGUGAUCAGUGGAGAGAGUGGUGCUGGGAAGACAGAGAGCGCCCAUCUUCUGGUGCAGCAGCUGACGGUACUUGGAAAGGCAAACAAUCGGACACUGCAAGAAAAGAUCCUUCUGGUCAAUAACCUGGUGGAAGCCUUCGGGAACGCCUGCACCGUCAUCAACGACAACUCCAGCAGGUUCGGGAAGUACCUGGAGAUGAAGUUCACCUGUGGAGGCACAGUGGUGGGGGCCCAGAUCUCCGAAUAUCUACUGGAGAAGUCCAGAGUCAUCCACCAGGCUGUAGGAGAGAGGAAUUUCCAUAUUUUCUACUACAUUUAUGCUGGUCUGGCCGAGAGGAAGAAGCUGGCUCAUUACAAGCUGUCCGAAAACAAAACCCCCAAGUACCUUCACAGCGAGCACAUUAAAUUAGUGCCUGACAUUGUGAACAAUGCCUUCUAUAAGGAGCAGUUUGCAUCUGUGGAGCAGUGCUUCAAAGUCAUUGGCUUCACCCUGGAGGAGCUGGGAAGUGUGUACAGCAUUCUAGCUGCGAUCCUGAACGCUGGCGACAUCGAGUUCGCCUCGGUCGCCUCCGAGCACCAGACCGACAAAAGCAAUAUCUCAAACAUGGGCGUGCUGGAGAGCACGGCAUCCCUGCUCCGCAUUCGCCCGGACGAGCUGCAGGAGGCGCUGACGUCCCACUGCGUGGUGACCCGGGGCGAGACCAUCGUCAGGCCCAACACGGUGGAGAAGGCGGUGGAGGUGCGGGACGCCAUGGGCAAGGCCCUGUACGGCCGCCUCUUCAGCUGGAUCGUCAACCGCAUCAACAGCCUGCUGAGGCCAGACAACCAGCUCAGUGAGGAGGACAAGGGUCUGAACAUCGGAAUCCUCGACAUCUUCGGCUUCGAGAACUUCAAGAGGAACUCCUUUGAGCAGCUGUGCAUCAACAUCGCCAACGAACAGAUCCAGUUCUACUUCAACCAGCACAUAUUUGCCUGGGAGCAGGACGAGUACCUGAACGAGGAUGUGGACGUGCGCAUGAUCGAGUACGAGGACAACCGGCCGCUCCUGGACAUGUUCCUGCAGAAGCCCAUGGGCAUGCUGUCCCUGCUGGACGAGGAGAGCCGCUUCCCCCAGGCCACCGACCAGACCCUCGUAGAAAAGUUUGAGGACAACUUGAAGUCUAAGAACUUCUGGAGACCAAAGCGGGUUGACCUGGGCUUUGGCAUUCAGCACUAUGCAGGAAAGGUUAUCUACAACGCGAGCGGCUUCCUGGCGAAGAACAGGGACACCUUGCCUGCGGAUAUCGUCUUACUGCUGAGGUCCUCGGAGAACGAGCUGAUCCGCAAGCUGGUCACUCACCCCCUCACAAAGACAGGUAACCUGGCCCACACCAAAGGGAAGACAAUGGGAACCAUGCGCACCCGCACCCCUCAGCGCACCAUCAACUUUGCCAAGAUGGGAAUGCUUGUGUUGUUGAGUUCAUUAUCAGUCAGUGAGGCUGACAGUGGAGAUUCUACCCGUCAUCCCAGGGAGACCACCAACAUGAGAACGCAGACAGUUGCAUCUUAUUUCAGAUACUCCCUCAUGGACCUGCUGUCCAAGAUGGUGGCGGGGCAGCCACAUUUCGUCCGCUGCAUCAAACCCAACAACGACCGCCACGCCCGCAAGUUCGACCGGGAGAAGGUCCUGGUCCAGCUCCGCUACACGGGGGUCCUGGAGACUGCGAAAAUCCGUAGGCAGGGGUACUCUCAUCGGAUCCUGUUCGCCAACUUCAUCAAGCGGUACUGCAUACUGGCGUUCCGAGCCAAUGAGGACCCCCCGGUGAGCACGGACACGUGUGCCGCCAUCUUGGAGAAAGUCAAACUGGAGAACUGGGUUCUGGGAAAAACAAAAGUGUUCCUGAAGUACUACCACGUGGAGCAGCUGAAUCUGAUGGUGAGACGGAUGACGGACGGGAUCGUGCUGCUGCAGGCCUGUGUUCGGGGCUGGCUGGGGGCCAAGAGGUACCGCAGGAUGCAGGAGAAGAGGGAGCAGAGUGCAGUGGUCAUCCAGUCCGCAUACAGAGGCCAUAAAGUCCGCAAAGGGGUCAACGAUGACAAGAAUAAAGCUAAACUGGAGGCCUUCAUCACCCGGUUUCAAGCUGUCUGCAGAGCCUACCUUGCAAGGAAGAUGUACAAGGAGUUAAUAGAUGAAAAGAAUAAAGCUGCUGCCAAGAUUCAAGCUCAGUACCGUGGACACAGACAGAGGAAGAGCUUCAAAAAGAAAAAGGAAGCCAUGCAGAAAGACAAGCAGCAAGCGCAGACCGUUGACAACGCGAAAGAGGAGGCUCUUCCAGAGGCUGUGAGCGGAGAUCCAGGGGGGACAACCAUACAGCCGGCGCCGGGGAACGGCGCGUGCGUGGACGAGGAAGAGGAGGCCAGAGCGGCCGUGGUCCUGCAGAGCAACUACAGGGGCUACAAGGAGAGGAAGAAGUUCAAAGAGCGGCGUCAGGCCGGGACCGGCGGCGAGUCCACCUCGGACCCACUGAGCCCGGCAGGCGAGGACGACGACGAGGUGGAGAUGGCUGUCGCCGUGGAGGAGGAUUUCGGCAUCCACGAAGAGGAGGAGCCACAGGAGGGGCAGGAAGUGGACCCCGAGCAGGAGGCCAAAGCCGCCACCGUCCUUCAGAGCAACUUCCGGGGGCACAAGGAACGUAAGAGGCUGCAGGAGGAGGGGAAGAUCCCGGCGAGGGGGAAGCAGGGAAAUGCCCCAGACGCCAAUGAGCAUCAGCCCUCUCAAGAGGCCGUCCAGAUCCCCACCGAUGAGGAGGAGGAGAGGGCGGAGCUUGUGGACGGAGGGGAGGAUGAGACCAAAGCCGCCACAGUCCUCCAGAGCAACUUCCGCGGCCACAAGGAGCGCAAGAGGCUGCAGGAGGAGGGGAAGCUGCCCAACAGGAAGAAGCAGAAUGCAGAAAGGGAACCGGCGAAGGAGGAACCCGAGGCCCAGGAGCAGGAGGAGCCGGGCCGGGAGGCGGAGUCCGAGCAACCCGGAGAGGAAGCGGAUGCGGACGCGGAUGAGGAGAAGGCGGCCACGGUCCUUCAGAGCAACUUCAGGGGCCACCGAGAGAGGAAGAGACUGAAGGAGGAACAAGAGGCCGGGAAACAGUCCGAUAAGAAAGAGGAGGAGAUCCCAGAGCCAGCUAACGUUCAGCCAGAGCAUGAGGAGUCCGGCCUAGACGAUCAGAAAGAGCAGGAGCAGGCGGCUGUGAAGAUCCAGAGCAACUUCCGGGGCUACAAGGACAGGAAGAACCUCAAGGCAUCUGCAGAGAGGGAAGUGGAGGAGCUGCAACGUUUUUCUAAACAGAUAACCAAGGCAUCAGAAGACUACCUGUCGCUCCAGCUGAAGCUGAAUGAGAUCAUUCUGGCCCACCGGAUAAGCCCUAUCAGCAACGGCAUGUUCAUGAAAGUCAACGGGUAUACCGCUAACUAUUACCAAGCAGUCGAUCAGAAACAGACAAGGACACCCCGCAGAACGCAGCAGCCAAAAACGCUGAACACCCCCGAGGACUCCACUUACUACAACAUCAUCCAUAGAUCGGUCCAGGACGAGAAACGGAGGCCAAGGAAACAAAGCCCAGGAAAGCUCCUGGACAUGGAUGACCCAUACUACCAGGGGCUCACCACCAGCAAGUCCACAAGCUGCCUCCCAAGUGAGCGGAGGACUGAGGCGGCCAGGGCAGGGUCGACAGAGAGGAAGCUGUCCGCAGAGAGGCCGGCCUCGGAGCCAGACUUCCCAAAACCUCCCAAAGAGAAAAGGCAUUCAUUACCCAGAAUGCCCUCCACGGACAGCCAGGCCGAGGACAACCCCUAUGACUACAGAAAAUUGCUCAGGAAGACCUCUCAGAGGCAGAGACUCAUAAAGCAAUACUAG